AUGCAGGAUACGCAAAGCGAUCAGAAGUCUAAUGAGACCAAGCAUUUAGGUUCUGGGAGGUUCAGUCGGUAUGGAAUAGGUGGAUUGUCUUCUACAGCUUCAUUCCAGAGUGUGAGAAAUAGGGCAACUAGUUCAGUGAGCCGAGAUUCGCAACUUUCAGAGCCGCAUAGCAAUGUGUCAAGGGUGUAUAAUGUGUCAUCGGAUAUAGUACCGCAGGCCUUGACACAUCCCGACGAGGAAUCAAAUGCUAAAGGCAAACUAUCAGGCAAUACAGAGAUAGGAUCUGCACCCAGGUGGUCUCAAGUUGGCUUUCAAUCGAUAUUUCAAGGAAAUAGCAAUUCUAUCAAGCGGAGAGACUCAAAUGACUCCUUUAGUGAAGAGAUUAAAUUUCAAAAGCUAAGAAAUGCAGCAUCAGUGGAUACCUUUGAUUAUAGAAAUGAUGACUCUAAGAUCACAGAGGAAGAACCAUACCAGGAUAGUCUGUUUAGUGGUCAUUCUGGGAAAAGUAAAGAGAAGCGUAGGAUAUCACUAUUCAGCAACAACAGAGAUAAUAACAACGCACUAUUGAAAGCUGAAAGGAAGUCAGGUUUGUUUAAAACAAAGUCGAACAAGAGUUCUUCCAGUUUGAAUACUCAGCUACUGAAAAGUCCCGACAGCACAAAGACCAAGUCUAAUCCUUUUAGAAAAAUUGCUAAUAAACUAUUAUCAACUAAGAACCAUAGAGCCAUCGGUAAUGACGAUCUUGAAGCAGCGCAGAAUUCUUUUAGCAAGUUUCUUCACUCCUCCUAUGGGAAGCAUAGAGCUUCUUCACAAUUUAUUCAUAGUGCCGCUGGCGGUCUUAUGGAUUCUUCCAGGUCAGUUCACUCGUUCAGCCCUUCUGUAGCAAACUUACCCAAUGACGCACCUAUGUCCAUCAAUAUAAGUAACGAUAUGGUGGAUUCUGCAAACGUGGCCAUGCUUCAUGACCUACUGAAAAACUUGCCAUCUCUGGAGGCAAAUUAUAAGAAUUUCACAACACAAGAACUGCACAUAUUAGCAGGAAAUGUAUGGGGUAUAUACUGUGGUGUGAUAAUUGAGUUAUUCAAGAUGCAAAGAGUUUGGCAACUGCCCGCAAAAAUUGAAGAUAUUAAUCGUAUAUUAGAUUUCUACAUUACCAUAAAGACAGAAUCCAAGGCAGCAGUCUCACAUAAGAAAUUUCUUACAGAGAUUGAGGAAUUUUUAACAACAUCACUGUACAUCUUUGAAAACCAGAUUGUAUUCAAUUACAGUAAUGAGGAGACGAUGAAUACUGCAUUGAAGAGAGUCGGUGUCAUAUGGCAAGUUUUUUACCAGCAGGUGUACUUUGAUGUCAUUUCAGUUCUUCUUCCAAUUGAAAGAAUCACUAAGAAAUUCUCAAGGUAUUCCUCCACUAAUCAGGAUGAAAGAAAGCAUUCCUAUUUGACUAUCGAUUACAUGUUGUUAAAAUGUUUUCGGGACUCUGUUAUUUUACCUUAUUACCAAAAUUUUAUCCAUAGCAAUGACGGCGCCAGAAAGAGUUUCCAGCAGUAUAUAUUCAAUGAAGAAGAAGAAAGUGGAGUUACAGAACGAGACAAACUUACCCUUUUGCAAUGUUUUGGUAUUCUAGAGACGAUUCAAGGCAAUGAUAGAAGCCAGAUCAUUAUUGAUGAGCUGCUAGAGGGUGUAAGAAUGAGUAUAUGA